UUUUUUUAUUAUGUUUCAAAAGUAACAAUGUGUUUGUCUUUUCUUUUUAUUCUUUCCUUUCUUUCUUUUUUAUAUAUACAUUUUUAGACCUACAAGUAUUAGUUAUGGUAUAUGAUUAUGAUGCAACUUCUAUUAAUGAGGAUGAAUCUGGAUGCCAAUUAUUAGAUGGGUUUGCAAUAUUCAUACAACUUGUUUUAGCUGCUUUAGCUUUUUUAACACUGAUCAUAAAACGACAAAAGGAAUCACCUCAAAGACCACUAUUAACUUGGUCAUUUGAUGUUAGCAAACAAGUAAUCGGCGGUGCAGUCGUUCAUACUUUAAAUCUUGUUGCAUCCCAUAUUUUUGGAAAGAAUGUAGAAGAAGAAUCAAACCCAUGUGUAUGGUAUUUUUUAAAUAUUUUUGUAGAUACAACACUAGGCGUUUUAGUCAUUUGGGCAAUUUUGUCGAUUGUUAAAUUCUUUGUUCGAUUCUACCGUUUGAAAGGAUUUCAGAGUGGAGUUUAUGGUGAGCCACCUAUUACGAACCAAAUGAAAAAUUGGACGAAGCAACUUGUAGUGUAUAUUAUGACAUUAAUAACGAUGAAGAUAGUUGUUGUCAUCUUGUUUAGUAUAUGUCCUUGGCUUGAAAGUUUUGGUAAAUGGGUAUUGAGUUGGACUAUGGGAAAUUAUAGGAUUCAAGUUGUAUUUGUUAUGUUGAUUUUCCCAUUAAUUAUGAAUAUUGUACAGUUUUGGAUAAUAGAUACAAUUGUUAAACAUAAAGUACUUGGAUCUAUUCGAUUAAGUACAGAUGAAGAAUUAUCAGAAGAUAUGUUAAUAUCAGACGGAGAAUAUAAUACUGACGAUGUGUUCUUUAACGAAAACGGAAGUGAAGAAGGAGAUGCUAAUUCUAUAUCAAGUAUUAAAAUUCAUACUACUAAUAAUAAUACUGAUACUUUUGAAGAAGAGAAUAGUAUAUAUGAAUUAAGAACAAGUCAUGUGAAUCAUUCAUGUAUAUAAAAAUUGUAAUAAAUACCCUUUCCU